GCGCGAGGUGUCAGUGACAAGGUGUAGCUAACCUUAAAAUGCGAGCAUCCGUGAUUACUGAUGUGAUUGUACUGUUCGGGCUACACUUCUUGUAUUGGUGUUGCAACACGGUAGAUGCUAGCGGCGGUGCCCUCGACUCAAGCCCGAACUAUCAGUCUGGCUCCUCUGGAAGCUCACAUUCCAAAGUUUCAGCAUUCUCUGCUACGCUCACAGAUGGACUGGCACAGGCUGUGGCUCAUGAAGCUGGUUCCGAUACUUGUAAUGAUGACCUAGCUUGUCUUACAAUGGCUUCUCAUGAUCGACUAGGUUUAGAAGCUAUCAAAUCACUCCACAGCCAACUAGACGACGAUGCCAAUGGAAAUGUAGACCUUUCAGAAUCGGAUGAUUUUUUAAGGGAAGAAUUACAAUAUGAAGCUGGGUAUGAAAGAAGACAGAGGGCCUUUCAUCAUAAUGAUGAUAUGCACAUCAGUGUUAGAGAACUUUGGGAGGCCUGGUUGAGGUCAGAGGUUCAUAAUUGGACUAUAGAACAAACAUCUGAAUGGUUGUCUACUAAUGUGGAGCUUCCUCAAUAUGUUCCUACUUUUAUACAACACCGUGUAACUGGUGCUACACUUCCAAGAUUGGCUGUGAACAACAUGCACUACCUAAGCAAUGUAUUAGGGAUUAAAGAUCCCAUCCAUAAACAAAAAAUUGCCUUAAAAGCUAUGGAUGUAGUUCUUUUUGGACCACCAAAAGAUACUGGGCAUAGUGUUAAAGACUUGAUAUUAAUAACAUUAUUAUUUGGAGCACUUAUUGGAUGCUGGUAUGCGUAUCAGCAAAAGAAAAAUUCACAAAAACAUCUUCAUAGAAUGAUGAAAGAUAUGGAGAGCUUACACAAAGCAGAAUUGGCACUUGAAGACUUGCAAAAAGAACUCGAGAGGGCACGGAUGGAACAAGAAAGUGCCGCUACAGAGAAACAAAAUUUAGAGAAACGUUUACAAGACGAAACAAUGGGAUUACACGUAUCAUAUUCGGAUCUCGAAGUUUCUCAAUUAAAAGCUGAAAUAGAAAUGUUGAAAAAUGAAUUACAACGUGCAGAAGGUGAACUUGAAGACAGAUGUUGGUCCCCUCCUCCAGGAUUACAACAUUGGUUACAAUUAACUCACGAAAUUGAGAAUAAGGGGUAUACGAAGAAAAAAAUAGCAGCAGAAAAACAAUUACAACAAGCACGCGAAGCAUGUGAAAAAUUACGAAAGAAACGAUCGAGCUUAGUAGGAGCAUUUGUUUCGACUCAUGGAAAAUCUAUCGACGAAGUCGACAAAAGUAUAGUCGAAGCAAGAACCGCGUUAAACGAAGUAACUGCGGAACUGCAAGAGAGAGUAUACCGUUGGAAACAAAUCGAACUCCUGUGCGGUUUUAAUAUAGUCAACAAUAAUGGUCUAAGUUAUUUAGAAACUGUUCUCUACCGGGGGGCACCGAAUGGGCGAGGUUUCGGACUUAGAGGUCGACUCAGCAGCCAAGAUGACUUAGAAGACGAAUCAAGCUCAAUGUACUCGCCUUCCACGUGUGGUGCCGCAGGCACCCUGGACAGCCUGACGUGGAAGGAGUCGUCGGUGCCGCCAGACUCGUCGAGCAGCGAAACCGGCAAGGAUACACCACCGGAAAGCAGCGUGGUGCACUUCACCGUGGGCGAGGGUCCCGAGGAGCCUGUGAAACCGAUUAGCAAAGAUAAAUCAAGUAUCGCGCGUUCGUACAGUCAGGACAUCAACAUGCUCCUCGCGAUCGAGGACAAGACUACCUCAUCAUUCCUGUCGAAGACCUCGUACUCGGAGAACUCGUUGGAUUCGCCGAUUCAGGAACGAGCCGGACACCAAAAAGCGGUUUCAUCCACGGCUAUGAACACCACCGGCACCGCAACGGUCAGCACAAGCACCGCGAUGACGAGCAAUCAGAAGAAAACGUUGAAGGAACUGCCUCCGGUUAUGUCGGUAGACGAGGAGACUUUGUCCACCGACUCCAACUCUACUACCGACAACGACGAGAUGAAACGAAGACGCAGGAAGAUAUUGUUCCCGGCGUUCAGGAAGAACAAGGCCAAGGUCACGUGAUGAAUGCCCGCUAGUCAGAUAAUAAAUCGUACAUCGCGUUGUACCAUUACUUAAAACGCUGUAACUCUUAACGAUUAGUUGGUUAAACCGCGACGUGCACUUAACAAUUUGCCUCCGAGAACCACCGGCUCGUAAUUGAUUACUGAAUCAGUUACUCGUCGAGUUUUCUACGUAUGUGUAAUACGUGUACGCAUAUACAUGUACGGUCGCGUGUUACUUAGGCUUCCCUUUGUUCGAAGGAAGUGUAGGUGAACAAGAGAAGCCUACGUUGCACUCGAGUAUACCGUACAUGAUAGAGAGACAUGUUUAGCAAGAUGGAACGUUCAAUGUAAUAGGUUGGCCUCGAGGUCUGUAGAGUUAGGUUCAUCAUUGGCGUUUUCAUUCUUGUUAAAGCCAGUUGUUAUCAGAAUUGACUGUUGAAUAGUUUAAUCAUUUGAGUUUUAUUAACCAUUUGCAUUAUAAAUGUUAAUCUGUCCGUGCCAAACCCAUUGAAAAGAAGGAAAAUUAUUUGUAUGUUGUUCAUUUUAGUUGAUUCUGAUAGACUCUUGGUUUGGUGUACAGUUUACCUUUUGUAAUAUAAAUGUCACAGUUGCAUUUUUUGAAAUAAUGAAAUAUGCAACUGUGUCACGCCAAUGUAGAACCGAUUUGUACAGUGUAUAGUAGUAGAAUCUCAGGGCGCAGUUGGAUUUAAAAUGUGUCCAGUAGAGUAAGCUAAUUUCCUGAAUAAUAUCAGAUGUAUGUAUUUUGGUAGACGUAUUGGACACAAGUUAAACUCAAAAUUUGUUAAUAGUACUAACUGUGAAAGCCUUAAGGAUCUUGUUAAUUAAGCGAACAGACCUCGUGGCUGACGCUAAUAGGUCUUUAAAAUGAACGUUCCACUAUGCUACUGUCGCGUAGGAUGUUUUUGGUGCCCCGGUGUGUCUUCCGUUUUGCCAAAUCUUCCGUUCUGUUUGCAACAGAGACACCCACCAAGCGACGUCCAACCUUUAGGUAACUAGAUUAUAAAAAUCGCAAUACUGAAAAUUCUUCAGUUACGACAAUAUUUUGGCUCAGGGGUGGGCGACGAACUCGCGAUCUUCUUCCUGUUAACCGUUUCAAAUUUCCAUAACAUCGAAGCUCUCUCAGCCCUCUUUAUUCGAGCCUUGUCUCUACUGUGAUUUUAUCUCACGAAAAAUUCAUUCGAUUAAAUCUUAUUGCAAUGUCUCUCUGAAGCGAAAGAAUCUCGAAUUUCUGUUACGCUCCUGUCGUCGAGCUGUAACUUUAAUUAUAUCCUGUGUCUCUCUAAAGAAACGGUUCUUUAUAUUUCUUCUUUUCUAUUUUCAAUGCAGAAUCGGCUUAAAAUCAAUUGAUCGUUUAUUGUUCUACCUUGUCUUAAAGAUAAGGUAGAUAAUACUUAAGUGAACGUAAAGAACUUGUUCGUGGUAGAGGAAUUGAUCUUGAACGACCAAUUGAUUUUGAACAGACUAUUAGAUCGUUGUCUAUGUUCCAUCUGACAUGCAACAGUCUGGUAGUAGCAGUUUAUUCGGUUCAUUCCUCUUUCUUAUCAUUGUCUCGUUCUUAGAAUGAUUUUGAAGGCCAGUAAACAGUUCAUAAGUGUCUAUUAAGGUUUCAUCGGUAAUCAUGAUUAAGAGGAGACUCGGUCUAAUUGUGCGACGUUUUUUAAAAAGAUCUAGAUUUAUUAUUCCAGCGUUGAUAUUCGUUCGAAGAUACUCGCCCAUCCCUGCGUUUAAGCAUAACGAAAUUCUAACGCGCCGAACCUUUUCGUUUCACUGUUAUUUCCUCGAUUAAUCGUACCCAUUAGCAUAUAUUUUCUUUCUCUCUAUUUAUCUAAGUUUUAUGGGUUCUUUAUCGGACGCUUUUAGCCUUCCAUCGUUGUACAAGCCGAGCGCAAAUAAUCUUCUUCCGUUUUGCCACAUCGACCACUUUUCUUAUUAACCACGUUGCUGCUCUCUUUUUCUAAUCUUAUUUAUCAAACAACGCUAUCGUUCGGCAUUGCUUCAUCUAUUUUGUGCUCUCGUAUCUCAACGAAGUGAUAAUGGUUUUAUACAAAUGUUGAAUAAAAUCCUGUUACCCAUAGGAUGAUCUAAUAAAUAAUCCUUUGAGGUCCAACUGCUGAACUGUACAUAGCAUACCAUUGAAAAAGCAAUAACUAUCGGGGCUACUGUUAGCCUUGUUCAGGGUUUGUCAUCCUCUUUUUUAGACGAAUUUAUAUUAAGGUAAAUCUAUAAGUAUUAUUAGAUUUAAUGGAAAAAGAGAAACCACGAAUCUCACGAACAGAAACUGCUAUUUUAAGCAUAAUCAUUUGCUUAAAUAGUGACCGUUUAUUCGUGAGAGGACCUCGAGGGAUUGUACUAGUGGCAAACGAGAAGAAUUAAAAAGUAAAAAAAAAAAAGAAAGAAAUGUUACGUGCUUACCCGGUAUGUACACGAGAAAGUAUCAAAAUUGUUCACGAUCUUCCACGAAAUUGUUCGCGCACGAAUCAAGGCAUUUUUUUUUUUAUUAGUCGCGUUUUUCAUUUUUUAUCCCGUAGCAUCGUUCAUCUAUUUUUCUUUUCUUUUUUAACGUUUCGGUCACAUAGUAUUCUAAAGUCUGUUGCUGUACUUCACAUUUUAGCGUUUAGAUUUAUAGUCUGUCUUGAAUCAAUGAUUCUUUUAAGGCCACCAUAGUUAGUCUUCCUGGGUUACUCAGUAAUAUUACUAUUUUCCUUUACGUGUAAAAUAUCAAUCAUUGUGUGCAAUAAGGAGUAGCCUGAUUCUUUAUUUUUCUUAAAAUAAUUAAAAUAGAUAUUAAAAAAAUAAUAGUAAGCGGGGGAGGAGUGACCUUAAGUGAUCAUUGAUUCUUAACAGACUAUAUAAAUUAACUUAUUACCGCUUCUUUAUUGAACGAAGCGGUUUCUUCCUUUCUUAUCAUAAUAUUUUUUCUUCCUUUUGCCUUUUUUUUUUUUUUAAGAAUAUGUAUAUGUAUGCAUGUAUGUAUACAUAGAAGCUUAAAUGCGGUGAGGCUGGAACUCUCUGAAAUGUAUAUCCACGUGUAAGGGAUAGUGUGAUAAGUUUUAACGGGAUUUUAAUCGACCUUGUUACACGGACGUGUAAAGAUCGUUGUACAGACAAUUUCGACGUUUAUUUUUUUCGUGGAUGAAACGAUGAAGCGAGCUUGACACUUUUAGUUGAACUAGGGAACCUGGUUCAAGCUAGAAUAAUAUCUUAGUUACGCCAAUGGCUAUUUUAACUUGCGUUUACUUUGCUGUGUAUUUCUCACUUGGUUCCACGAGUAGAGUUCAGACGUUACGUUGACCAUUGCGAUUAUUUCUUUCCGCAUUCCUUUCACCGGCUUCUUUUUCUUCCACUUGAUACUUUUAUUGUUAGCGUUCGAUCCUCUCCUGAUUGAUAAACUGACACACUUUAGUAUCUCAGGGCUUUGAUUGAACGAACCUCGAGAUUCAUUUUUUUAUGAAAGGGUUCGUUUCAAAUCGCGUCACUCCGGAGAGGCUGUUUAGAAAGCUUUUUAAUAACUAACACCCUUGAUUAACCCCAUAUCUCCACCCCAUCACCAUGAACAUCCUCAACAUUUUUGCUCUUGUGCAUUCUCUGUCCCAUCAUAAUUGGUGAUCUAUUUUCCAUCUCUUCAUUUCUAUCCUUUUUAUUGAUUUUUUUUUAGUCCUUCCCAUUUCUUCUCAUUGAUUUUAUCAAGAGUUAAAUCAUCUAUUGCAUUUAUCAUGUUUACUCCUAAAAUAGUUGAAUAAUCUCCUUAAAUCAUCCUAUUAAAAUUAAUAGGUAUCAGUUUUUGCCAAAUUUUUAAUAUCCUUCAAGAUACUAAAUCAUAUUUCUAGAUGGAAUUGAGAACUAAAAAUUGGGGAAUUAUGUAGCUGUGUUAGGUGACUUUUCCCCGAGAAAGUAUGUAUUAUAUUGACUAUGAGAAUAGGUGUACCAUAAAAGAGCAAUAAUGGAAGAAUCUGAAGUUCAAUGGACCAAGUUCGAUAAACGUACUAUGGAAAUAAGCGAAACGAUAGUUGAUACUUUAGGCUCAAUUAGUAGGUAAUUGAAAGCACAUUGUUACAUUUAAGAAUUCGAAGGAAAUUUUAUAAAGUCACAGCUACCGAGGUCUUCCGGAUUAACACGAUCCUCUAAUUACCGAAAUAUGCUUAACAAAAAUGAUUAACUCAUCGAAACUGACCGAUUACGAAUUGUUAUUUGCAUUCUGAAGAUUUUUAAAAUUUAGGAGGUGAAGUCGUGUCAAUUAUGACCCAGACUCGUAGUUAUUGUUAAUUCCCCAGUUUUUAUUGGGGAUGCCAAAAUCGCCUUUCAUUCUCUUCAAUUGAUAACUGUGAAUCGAUAAACCUUGUGACGUUUUUAUGGAGGUCCCCUUAUCACGAAAUAAAGCUGAGGGUGAAUUUUAUCAACCUCCUCGCGAUACUUCUCCCUUCGCGUAAACCAUAAAUCCUCGUUCAACCCUCGUGUAUCGUUCUGGUUAAAUCCAAUUGAAAUAGGAAUUCAAUAAAAAAAGAAAAAAAAAAAUGGAAAUUAA